AUGAAACAUGAGAUCCUGAAUGGAGGCGUCUAUGUGGACCAGAAUAAGUUCCUGUGCCAUGCAGACACCAUCCACUGGCAGGACAUUGUCAAGAACUCCCACUCAGAGCUUCUGGUGGUGCCCACCAAUGGUAGUACUGGAUGUGGGCGCUGCCACCGGUCCUGUAAUGGACGCUGCUGGGGUCCCCAGGAGGAUGAAUGCCAGAGCUUAACAAAGACUGUGUGUGCUGAGCAGUGUGACGGCCGCUGUUUCGGCCCCUACGUCAGUGACUGCUGCCACCGGGAGUGUGCGGGAGGGUGCUCCGGGCCCAAAGACACUGACUGCUUUGCCUGCACCAACUUCAAUGACAGCGGGGCAUGCGUGACUCAGUGCCCUCAGCCCUUUGUCUACAACCCCACCACCUUCCAGCUGGAGCACAACCCCAAAGCCAAGUAUACCUACGGAGCCUUCUGCGUCAAGAAGUGCCCACACAAUUUUGUGGUGGACCACAGCUCCUGUGUACGCGCCUGUCCCAGCAACAAGAUGGAGGUUGAGGAAAAUCGAGUGAAGAUGUGCAUCCCCUGCACCGACAUAUGUCCGAAAGCAUGUGAUGGGAUAGGCACAGGCAACCUGCAGGCGGCUCAGACCGUGGACUCCAGCAACAUCGACAGGUUCAUCAACUGCACCAAGAUCAACGGCAACCUCGUGUUCCUCAUCACUGGAAUCAAAGGAGAUGUUUAUCAUGGGAUCAAGGCACUAGACCCAGAGAAGCUGAACGUCUUCCGCACUGUCAGAGAGAUCACAGGCUUCCUGAAUAUCCAGUCUUGGCCCGAGAACAUGACAGAUCUCAGUGUGUUCUCAAAUCUGGCCACCAUCGGCGGAAGGUCCCUCUACAGUGGCAUCUCCCUGCUGAUCCUGAAGCAGCAGUGGAUCACCUCACUGCAGCUGCAGUCUCUGAGUGAGAUCAGUGCCGGUAACAUCUACAUCACAAACAACAGCCAGCUCUGCUACUACAACACCAUCAACUGGACCAGCCUAUUCCACACCAGCAGCCAGAAGGUCCUGAUCCGAAACAACCGCGACCCCAGGGAGUGCACCCUGGAGCGGAUGGUGUGUGAUCCUCUGUGCUCAGAUGGGGGAUGCUGGGGACCCGGAGCAGACCAGUGCCUGUCCUGUCGCUUCUACAGCAGGGGCCGCACUUGCGUGGAGUCCUGCAGCCUCUAUGACGGGGAUGUGCGUGAGUUUGUUAAUGUUUCCGUGUGCCUAGAGUGUGAUGCACAGUGUGAGAAGGCAGAGGCGGGUGCACUUACCUGCCUUGGCCCGACCAACAGUGUCUUGAUGAAGAUUGAAGUUCAUCCGAACUGCCAUUCCUGA